AUGCGUCUCUUCAAUCUAGUAAGCAUGGUCAGCUGCGUCGCCGGAGCAGUUUUUGCUGUCGAAGGAGACGAAUUGUCGGAAGUACAGGCUCAAGCAAUCCAAGCUCUUCAGGUAGCCGAGAGCGACGGUACUAUUGGUAAGAGAAGCGGCUGCAGCCUUUUCAAUGCCAGAGUCAGGAAGGACUGGAACUCUCUGUCCAGCAUCGAAAAGAAGUCCUACACGACUGCCGUCAACUGCCUUCUUCGAAAGCCGUCAAAACUCGAGCCUGGCUUCGCGCCAGGUGCCCGCAGCAGGUACGACGAUUUUGUCGCCGUUCACAUCAACCAGACAUUGAGCAUCCACGGCACGGGAAACUUUCUGACUUGGCACCGAUACUUCACUUGGGCUUAUGAGAAUGCCCUGAGAGAGGAGUGUGGCUACCAAGGCUACCAGCCUUACUGGAACUGGUUGGCAUACCGAGAUGACCCGUCUAAAGCCCCCAUGUUUGAUGGAAGCGAUGCCAGCAUGGGCGGCGACGGUGCUUUCAGGGCUCAUAACGGUAGCACAUCUGGCGGCGGUGUCUGGAUUCCUUCGGGUAACGGUGGUGGCUGCGUUACCAAAGGCCCUUUUGCCAACAUGACUGUUCAUCUCGGACCAGUCUCGCCCGGUAUCGAUGGGCUCCCCGCGAACCCUGGUGGGCCCCUUGCCUACAACCCUCGAUGUCUUUCUCGAGACAUCAGUGCAUGGCCAUCUCAGCAGUGGAUGACUCCGGAGAACGUUUUAAAUCUCACUGUCGGUGCAGCAUCGGCAAACAUUAGGACAUUCCAGGACGAGCUACAGGGCCGCUUUGGUGACGGCUUCCUCGGAACUCACACCUCCGGGCACUUCAUUGUGAACGGCGAAGCGUCAGACCUGUUCUCCUCCACAAACGACCCGACCUUCUUCCUGCAUCAUGCGAUGGUUGACCGUGUGUACUGGCUUUGGCAAGCUCUUCAUCUGAAUGAAGCUUUUAACAUUGCCGGUACCAUCACAAUUCUGAACAGCCCUCCUAGCCGCGACGCCAGGCUCGACGAUCUGGUGAUCCAGGAGCCUAAUGCGCCGAACCGCCCUAUUAGCGAUCUGCUCAACACUCUUGAUGGACCCUUUUGCUACAUCUACCUCUGA